GCACCGUGCACGUCGAAAGCCUGUCUUUCAGUCUCACAAAUGAGUAAUUUCUGAAUUCUGUAUAGAUGUUAACUAUUUUUUAUUAUUCUGCAUACAACAAACAAAUACUAAGAUAAAGUCUAUUUAUUGAUUUCUAUAAGGAAUUAAAUACUUGUGAAUCACAUAUUAGUUAUUACACAAGAUUUAUAGAGGUUUCACGUAUCGAGUGAUAAAGAUCACAAAGUAAACCAUGUCUUUCCAAUCUCCAAUGCCAAGUAGAGAGUUCCUAUGGGAUAUAUUCAGAAGAGUUGACAAAGAUAGAAGUGGCCAUAUUUCAGCGGAUGAAUUACAGCAGGCUCUGUCAAAUGGUACAUGGAAUCCAUUUAAUCCAGAAACGGUCAGACUUAUGAUAGGAAUGUUUGAUAAACAAAACAGGGGUGUAAUAUCAUUUGAAGACUUUGGUGCUCUUUGGAAGUAUGUCAGCGAUUGGCAGAAUUGCUUUAGAUCGUUUGAUAGAGAUAAUUCAGGAAACAUAGACAGACAGGAAUUAAAGAAUGCUUUGACCGCAUUUGGAUAUAGACUUUCUGAUGAUGUUGUUAACACAAUGGUACAGAAGUUUGAUAGAUUUGGACGAGGCACAAUUCUCUUUGAUGACUUCAUUCAAUGUUGUGUAACACUCUAUACUUUAACAUCUUCAUUCCGGCAGUUUGACACAGAUCAAGAUGGUGUUAUUACAAUACAUUAUGAGCAAUUUCUUAAAAUGGUGUUUGGGUUAAAGGUAUAAAAAUGAUUUGCAUUCUUGAAUAUUACUGUUCUUACGCUUUAAAUGUGUAAUAUUUGAAAUAAUUUGUAUUCUAAAUGCAUAUAAUCGAACAAGUCCUAAAUAUAAAUUAUAUUUUAAUGCUGUUAUUGUAAUCAUGCAUUUUUAUAUGAUUAAAAUUGUCUAAAUCUUGUUAUACUCUAUUGUUACAUCAGGUUUCUACCAAAUACUAAAAGAAAAAAAAAGUGUUUAUUGAUAUGUAUUUCGUUUUCCGUCCAGUGCUGGCCGUAAGCAUGGUGAUUUUUCAAGGUCAGUUAUCAAGAACAAGGUUUGGAUGCAAGCCAAGUAAUUGAGGUUUAGUUUGAACAUUUUAUAGUUUUUAAAGAGCUAUGCUCAUUUUUAUACUUAAGUUGUAGUGUUUCUAGUGAAGCUCAAUUCAAGAAUUUUAUUUCAAAAGCUAUACUUGAUUUUUAUUGAGUUCUGUUCCUUUAAAAAAAAAAAUUAAUUUUAAUUUUUAAUAUUAAUCAUUCUGCCCACCUCAAUUGCAAAGGAAAUAUUGCAGCUGACUGCUGAGCUGUUUUACAAUGUAUAGUUAUUUCUCUAGUUAUACAAUUGAUGAUAUUUAAGAGCAAAAAUAAGUGGUUGUAAGGUUUAUUUGUUCUUAGUAUUGAAUAUAUAUUAUAUUGGUAGUUGGUGAAAUAAUUUGUUGUUUCAAAAAUGAAGAAAUUUAAAUGGCCAAAAAGUAAAUGUAAUGCUCAAACAUUUAUAAACUUAAUGUAUUGUAGCAGCUUGCAUUUAAACUAAUUCUUAUUUAUGUGAAAUCCAUUCCAUUGUAUACAUAACCAUGUCCAAGCAUAAA